CCCUUGAGCGCCUGUACAUAAACUUGCUCCGGACCGAUCAUCAGCAUCAACGACUCCCCGAACGAGAAGCCGUCUCGACACACGCAAUGGAUUUCAGAACCACGGUGUUCCUUCUUUUGCUGCAGCUCGGCACCUUCUGCUAUGCGGGACCUGGCUGGGACCCGGCUGUCGAUAACGACAACUCAGAGGACCCGGACAAGUCAAGCAUGACUGAGACGAUCCUGAAGAUGAACAAUGGAUCGACGGCACCCCUGAUGGAGGGAGACUUGAUGAUUCAGAGAACGAGGACCGCCAUCAAGUGCGCGGUGAACGCACAGUCCUGCCUGUGGCCAAAGUCUGGCAACGGCCAAGUCCUGAUCCCCUACAUCAUCGCAAACCAAUACUCCAUUUCAGAGAGGGAUACCAUUGAAGGCGCCCUGAGGGGAAUUGAGGCCGGAACCUGCAUCCGCUUCAUCCGGCGAGGGACCCAGAAGGCUUACCUCAACUUUGAGCCCAGGUUUGGGUGUUUCUCAAGGCUGGGCCGGAUGGGAGGCAGGCAGUUGGUGUCGCUGCAGCGUUUCGGCUGCGUCCAGCACGGCAUCGUUCAGCACGAGGUGCUGCACGCCCUGGGCUUCUACCACGAGCACACGCGCAGCGACCGUGAUGAACACAUCCUCAUCCACUGGGAGAACAUUCAGGACGUCAACAAGCCCAACUUUGAAAAGCAGGACACGGAUAAUCUCGACACCCCCUACGACUACAACUCCAUAAUGCACUACGGAAGGACCGCCUUUGGAAUCCAAGAGGCCGUUACCAUGACCCCCAUCCCUGACGGCUCGGUUGAAAUCGGCCAACGGGAGGGCCUGUCCGAAUCGGAUGUUCUCCGGAUCAAUCGUCUAUACAAGUGUUGGAAUUAGAAAACGGAGGAUGCCGCAUGGCAUGUCGUGUGACACUUUCAAUAAAAGAAUGGGCAGCUUGA